UAUGUGUCUGACUCCGUGUGACUCAAGGGAGAGAGAACAAAAAAGCGGAGCAAAAGCUGCAUCGUCUCCACAUGCCUUGGAUUUUCUUUCGGCAAUUCCCCUCAUUCUCAGGCAUUGAAGAUCGUGUAGUUCACAGACAACAAUACACACUCUCUCUCUUCUUAAACCUCUGAAAAAUUUUAAGAUUCGAUUUCGCAAAUUCCACUUCGCCGUCUUCAGAAUCUCGGCCGAUGCUUCUAUUACCUCUAUUUCUGAGUUGUUUGGCUUAAUUUUCUAAUAUAUAAAGCUCUUAUUGCGAUCGUGGUGCAGAAGUAGAUACGUCGGAGCUCUGAAGCACUUCGACCAUUUUUUCAAGUUCAAAGAGGUCAGUGUUGUUUUCUUGACCAUUUUUUUGUGCUGUUGGAGAGAUCGGAAUCUGGGUUUUCAGAUCGUGUUAAAUUUAGCAAAUUUAAGUGUUUAUUGUUGUGUUUUAGGAGGUGAACGGGUUGUAAGUUGAAGGACAUUGGCAAGUAGUUUGGAGAGUAUAUUGAAUUUUGAUUGAUAAGAGAAAUAUUCGAAUAGUUUCAUUGGUUUGUUAAGCUCAAUAUCAGAUCGAAAAGAAUUAUGCUGAACCGUAUUGGAGUAUUUUGGGUCUGAAUUAUAGGGCUUGUUGGGAAAUUUUGAAAAUUUGUAGAUAAUUUAACCUUUUUUUUUGGUUUCAAAGUGAUUUCUGUUAGAUUGCAAUCACUGCCGGCCAUCUAGAUUUUUAUCAUUCAAUUAAUUGGUUUACUUUUGCUGUUGAAAUCAUCAAUGGUGACGGAUCAGGGAAGAGCACUAUAGUCUGUAUAAUAAUUAUGGUCCCCUCCAUAAAGUUUGGCAGAUAAGUCGUGGGACCUUUGUGAAGUUUGAUUAACUUUGAUUAACUCUUUUGGGGAAAAAAGUUAGCUUUUUGAUAUUCAAGUUCUAUCCUGUUGUGUCUGGUGAGACUCAUUCAGGAAAGUCUGAGAAAAUGUCGCAGAAAACUCAGGUUGCACCUUCACUCCAGUCGAUCAAAUCUUUGCCUGUCGACUUCAGGUUUAUGGGUUCACCUCUCGAGAACUUAGGUGAUGUGAAUACUAGCAAUAAUAUUGGAAGUAUACCUGAAGAUGGUGAAUCAACCAGUGAGGCUGUUCAGUAUGCUGAUAAUGGCAUGGAUCAGUGUAAUGAUGAAUCACCCUAUGGUAGCUUGACUUUGUCAGCUGAAGAGAGGCCUUCUGUAAGUGAUGAAGACUUGAAUUCUUCAAUUUAUCCAUCGAGAUCAAUUGUUCCUUCCCAUACUGAAUCGAAGUGGAGUGACACCAGCUCUUACGUUGCAAAGAAGAAGCUCCAAUCCUGGUUUCAACUUCCUAAUGGUAACUGGGAGCUGGGGAAGAUACUGUCGACUUCAGGGACUGAGACUGUGAUAUCACUGUCUGAGGGAAAAGUUUUAAAAGUGAAUCCUGAAAGCCUGGUUCCAGCAAAUCCUGAUAUCCUUGAUGGUGUAGAUGAUCUCAUGCAACUUAGUUAUUUAAAUGAACCAUCGGUGCUAUACAAUCUUCAGUAUAGAUACAACCGAGAUCUGAUUUAUACAAAAGCAGGGCCGGUGUUGGUUGCAAUUAAUCCCUUUAAGAAAGUCCCAUUGUAUGGCAAUGAUUACAUCGAAGCAUAUAAGCGCAAAUCUAUGGAGAGCCCACAUGUCUAUGCCAUCACUGACACAGCUAUCCGGGAAAUGAUACGAGAUGAAGUAAAUCAGUCUAUCAUAAUAAGUGGUGAAAGUGGAGCAGGAAAAACCGAGACGGCAAAAAUAGCAAUGCAAUAUCUGGCUGCACUUGGAGGUGGUAGUGGAAUAGAAUAUGAAAUAUUGAAGACCAAUCCGAUUUUGGAAGCCUUUGGUAAUGCAAAAACAUUAAGAAAUGACAACUCCAGUCGCUUUGGAAAGCUGAUUGAGAUCCACUUCAGUGAAACUGGAAAAAUAUCAGGUGCCAAGAUCCAAACUUUUUUACUAGAAAAGUCUAGAGUGUGCCAGUGUGCAGAAGGAGAAAGGUCAUAUCAUAUAUUUUAUCAGCUUUGUACCGGGGCUCCACCUGCUCUUAGAGAAAAACUUAAUUUGAAGAGUGCAAAUGAGUACAAUUACUUGAGGCAAAGUGAUUGCUAUUCAAUUUCUGGGGUGGAUGAUGCAGAACGAUUUCGCAUUGUGACGGAAGCUCUGGAUAUUGUGCAUGUUAGCAAAGAGGACCAAGAGAGUGUAUUUGCAAUGCUCGCAGCAGUCUUGGAGCUGGGGAAUGUCUCCUUUACAGUGAUUGAUAAUGAAAACCAUGUUGAGCCUGUCCCAUAUGAAGGUCUAAUCAAUGUGGCUAAAUUGAUUGGGUGCAAUGUUGGGGAGCUUAAGCUGGCUUUAUCAACUCGAAACAUGAGAGUUGGAAAUGACAAUAUUGUCCAAAAGUUAACUCUAUCUCAGGCGAUUGAUGCAAGAGAUGCUUUGGCAAAAUCAAUUUAUUCUUGUCUGUUUGACUGGCUAGUUGAACAAAUCAACAACUCACUUUCAGUAGGCAAACGUCGUACUGGAAGAUCCAUCAGCAUUCUUGACAUCUAUGGCUUUGAAUCAUUUGAUAGGAAUAGUUUGGAGCAAUUUUGCAUCAAUUAUGCAAACGAGAGGUUGCAGCAACACUUUAAUCGUCACUUAUUCAAGUUAGAGCAGGAGGAAUACAUCCAAGAUGGCAUUGACUGGGCAAAAGUUGAUUUUGAAGACAACCAAGAUUGCCUAAAUCUUUUUGAGAAGAAACCGUUGGGAUUAUUGUCUCUGUUAGAUGAGGAGUCCACCUUCCCAAAUGGCACUGACUUGACAUUUGCCAACAAGCUUAAGCAGCAUCUGAGUUCUAAUUCUUGUUUCAAAGGAGAACUAGGGAAAGGUUUUUCUGUCUGCCAUUAUGCUGGAGAGGUUCAGUACAACACAACUGGGUUUCUGGAGAAGAAUCGGGAUUUGUUACACUUGGACUCCAUUCAACUUCUGUCUUCUUGCAUGUACCACCUUCCACAGAUUUUCGCAUCCAAUAUGCUUACACAAUCUGAGAAACCUGUUGUUGGUGCUUUAUAUAAAUCUGGCGGUGCAGAUUCCCAGAAGCUGAGUGUUGUGACAAAAUUUAAGAGCCAAUUAUUCCAACUAAUGCAACGUUUAGAGGCUACUACACCACAUUUCAUACGUUGCAUCAAGCCCAACAAGUUCCAGUCUCCUGGAAUAUAUGAGCAAGGACUUGUAUUACAGCAACUAAGAUGUUGUGGGGUCCUAGAAGUAGUUCGAAUAUCGAGAUGUGGCUUUCCUACUAGGAUGUCACAUCAGAAGUUUGCAAGAAGGUAUGGUUUUCUUCUAUUGGACCACGUUGCAUCACGAGAUCCACUCAGUGCUUCAGUUGCAAUUCUUCAUCAGUUCAAUAUUCUGCCAGAAAUGUAUCAAGUCGGUUACACAAAAUUAUUUUUCCGAACUGGACAGAUCGGGGUGCUCGAGGAUACAAGAAACCAUACCCUCCUUGGUAUCUUACGUGUUCAAAGCUGCUUUAGAGGUCAUCAAGCUCGUCGUUACCUCAAGGAGUUUAGGAGAGGAAUUGCAACCCUUCAGUCAUUUGUUCGAGGUGAGAGACACAGGAAGGAAUAUGCAGUCUUACUACAGAGACAUAGAGCAGCUACAGUUAUACAAAAGCAUUUGAAAGGCAGGAUUGGAAGGAAGAAGUUCACAAAUGUUUAUCAUGCAUCAAUUCUGAUACAAUCGGUCAUUCGGGGCUGGUCAAUCAGAAGAUGCUCAGGAGACAUAGGAUUACUCCAAUGCGGUGGGAGAAAGGGUAAUGAGUCGGAUGAGGUGUUGGUGAAGUCAUCUUUCCUUGCUGAGCUACAACGGCGAGUUCUUAAGGCCGAGGCUGCUCUAAGAGAGAAAGAAGAGGAGAAUGACAUCCUCCACCAGAGGCUCCAGCAGUAUGAGAGCCGUUGGUCUGAGUAUGAGCUGAAAAUGAAGUCCAUGGAAGAAGUGUGGCAGAAACAAAUGAGAUCACUACAAUCAAGCCUAUCCAUUGCAAAGAAGAGCCUAGCUGUUGAUGAUUCUGCAAGGAAUUCUGAUGCAUCAGUCAGUAUAAACGAUGACAGAGACUACAGCUGGGAAACGGGUAGUAAUUUCAAAGGUCAAGACAGCAAUGGGGUGAGACCAAUGAGUGCAGGUCUGAGUGUUAUAAGCCGAUUGGCUGAAGAAUUCGAGCAGAGGAGUCAAGUAUUUGGUGAUGAUGCGAAAUUCCUGGUGGAGGUAAAGUCAGGUCAGGUCGAGGCGAGUUUGAACCCAGAUCGUGAGCUUAGAAGGUUAAAACAGAUGUUUGAAGCUUGGAAGAAGGAUUACGGAGUAAGACUGCGAGAAACAAAGGUAAUCUUGAAUAAGCUUGGAAAUGAAGAAGGGGCCGCUGACCGGGUGAAAAAGAAGUGGUGGGGGAGGAGGAACAGCUCAAGGAUAAAUUAGAUUUUACGAUUUUCCCGUGGCUUGUCUUUGAGCCUUAUUUUUUGUUUUGGUUUUUUGAAGUUUGAAAAUUGUUGAAAAACACUAGAGUUCUGUCCUUAGGAACAAGUUGGUGCAUUGCAGAGCGUCAUAAUUCAAAUAUGUAUAUCAAUUUUAUAUACAAUUGCGAGUUCUAUGUUGGUGAGA